AUGGCGUGGUCAAAGUCGAAGGGGAGGAAAGCCACAAUUCUGAAGCUGGACUGGGGGAGCAGGGGACUGCUGUCGCUGGAGAGCUUGAUGGUCAAGAUGCCCCAACAGAACUUAGGAUCGACCAUGCUGAGGCUGAAGAUGAUUAUGCUCCACCUGCGGUGGAAUCUGUGCUUAAUGCCAAGGAUGGAGAAAGUGAAGAAAGUGUUGCCACUGAGGUUGUUGCUCCUAAAGAACAACAGGAUGGAGAGAAUGCUCCAGCAGACUCCAGUGGUUCAGAUGAGCCCCCCCCCCCCCCGACAUGCUGAGUCUGUUUCCGUUGUCUUGGAGUCUGAGGGCAGCGUCGAGCAGAGCAAAGGAGAAGAGGUUGUUGCUGAGAUCAAGAAGCCAGGUACAGAUCGAUCAACUAUUUCGGGGGUUACUGGACAGCAUGAUGCUGACAGAAGUGUGACUACUGCUGAUCCCGUGAUUAACGCCGACGAGGGCAACCAUGAGCAUGAUGCAAUCACAGAGCUGGUGGAGCAGGAUGGGAGCAACAUGCAUGACCAUGUUCACCAGAUUGUUGAUUCUUGCACAUCUGCUCCUGAGAUCGAUGUUGAUGGGAGCAAAGGACUGCAAAUAGAAGCACUGACUACUGAGCCUGGAGUAUUGGAUGGAAGCGAUUGUGAAGCGACUUCUAAAGGACCUUCAGAAGAGGAAGUUGUCGCAAACGGGCUUGGUUGUGCCAAGGACACUGCUGACACUUCUUUGGAGCUUGAAGGAUAGAGCGAAGUUGCCUCUGGUGUUGUUGAAGUGGAAGACAUAGUAGGAAAGGAUGGUGAGGGGGACUUGCAUGAUGGCCGCACGGCUGUUGUCCUCUCAACUGACGAGGAAGCAAAACCUUCUGCAAAGGAGGGAACAAAUGAGGCCAUUCCUGCUGAAGUUGUGAAGGAGGGAAUAAGCGAACAAAUUGUGCAAGAUAAUGAAUCCGUUAAGGAUGAUGUCCCUUCUUUCAUACUUCACUCAGUAAAUUCAGAAGAUCCAGUUGUUGAACCUAAGGGGGAUCACAUACUCCAGGUAGAAGAUGCUACAGGUGAUGGAAACACGACAGUUUCUGAUGUAAAGGUCGUCAUGUUGGAAAUGAAUAGAACAUAUAUCAUUCAAACACAAGAUCUCAACUCGGCAUCUGAAGACAGGGGUGUACCAUUGCCUGACAAAGUUGAGGAGGAGGUAAACAAAGAAGUUUUCCCUGAUGAUGCACUUUUAGCCCAGAAUGACUGUUCUUCUGUAAAGACUCGAAUGCACAAGCAGUUGGAAUUACCUCGCACUCGUGCAGCUGCAGCAGAUAAAAGUGACAAUCUAUACUAUUAAAGGGGAUCUGCCGUCUGUCGUGAUGGUUCGACCUCAUACGAUCCCGACUUCCUUCCGCUAGCACUUCCACCGAUUUUUUUCAUCCCUCCGUAAACCAAGAGAUUAAAUAAAGAAAACAACUUGUUCAUUAAAAAAAGGCCCUCUACCUUGACGAAACAAUAAUCCUCCCCAUCUCGCGCAAGUCUUCCCCAUCGCU